GUUUUUUGGCGAAAGCGGUUGCGUUGUGCGUUAGCUGCCAGAUUUGUCGGCAAUUUAACUUCCGAAAUUGUUCAAAGCUUAACGGUAUUGACAUGUCGACGCCAGUGAAAAAAGUGCCCAUACACUUGCAAAGCGCACAGAAUCGUGUCUAUAUCAAAAAUGGCCAAAUUGUGAAUCACGACAAGACAUUCAAAGCUGAUGUUUACAUAGAGGAUGGAAUUAUCAAAUUCGUAGGACCCGCUGCAGAUAUAACGGUGCCAGGUGGCGUGCGCACAAUCGAUGCCAGCGGCAAGCUAAUUAUACCAGGUGGCAUAGAUCCGCAUACGCACAUGCAGCUGCCCUUUGGCAACGCGGUGGCAGUGGAUGAUUUUUAUCAUGGAACCAAAGCAGCUGUGGCUGGUGGCACUACAAUGAUAAUUGACUUUGUGUUGCCAAACAAAAACGAGUCCAUGAUCGAGGCCUAUGACAAAUGGCGCAGCUGGGCAGAUCCCAAGGUCUGCUGUGAUUACGCACUCCAUGUUGGCAUUACUUGGUGGUCGAAAUCUGUGUCUGACGAGAUUGGCAUACUGUGCAAAGAGCUGGGCAUCAAUUCAUUCAAGACAUUCAUGGCCUAUAAGGGACUCUAUCAGCUAAAUGACUCGGAACUAUUGGAUGUCUUUGAGCGCAUACGAGGCUUGAAUGCUGUGGCUAUGGUUCAUGCUGAAAAUGGCGAUAUUAUUGCCAAGAAUGCCAAGCGAUUGUUGGCCGAGGGCAUUACUGGACCCGAGGGUCACGAGUUGUCGCGACAGGAAGAGGUGGAGGCUGAGGCCGUGCAUCGUGCUUGCAUUUUGGCUCACCAGGUUGAUUGUCCACUGUAUGUGGUGCACGUUAUGAGCAAAUCGGCGGGCAUUGAGGUAGCACGCGCUCGUGAGCGUUAUCGUGGGAAGUACAUCUACGGUGAGACCUUGGCGGCGGCUCUCGGUACAGAUGGCACCCACUAUCGCUGCCAGCACUUUGGUCAUGCGGCUGCUCAUGUGCUGAGCCCGCCCCUGCGACCCGACAAGUCCACGCCCGAGUUUAUGAUGAAGCUGCUAGCCAGCAAUGAUCUGCAGACGACGGGCAGCGACAAUUGCACGUUUAACAAGGAGCAAAAGGAGCUGGGCCUGGGCGACUUUACCAAAAUACCGAACGGCGUCAAUGGCGUUGAGGAUCGCAUGUCUCUGGUCUGGGAGCGCGGUGUUCAUUCCGGCCUGAUGGAUCCGUGCAGAUUCGUUGCCAUAACCAGCACAAAUGCCGCCAAAAUAUUCAAUAUCUAUCCUAAAAAGGGACGAAUUGCCAAUGGCUCAGAUGCUGAUAUUGUUAUUUGGGAUCCGCAAGCAACUCGCACCAUAUCCAAGGAUACCCAUCAUCAUGCGUGCGAUUUCAAUAUCUUUGAGGGCCAGACUGUGCAUGGAGUGCCUGAGUAUGUGUUGGUGCGUGGACGCAUUUGCGUGGAGAAUGGAGAGCUUCGAGUGGCUGAGGGCUUUGGACGUUUCGUACCCACGCCGUUGCGACCGCCUUUUGUUUACGACAGUAUUGAGGGCAAGCAGCAGGAGGGGGAGGAGGUGGCACAGGAUGAGCAGGUGCCACUCAAUGGCAGCGUAACUAAAAAGCUAGCCAAACUGGACGUUCACGUGGCUGAAAUCGAACCGCCUUCGGCCAUGUUCUCUGGCAAUCCUACGCCCAGCGUCGCUUCGAGUGGAGUUGGACGCGUGGACGGCAAGCGGGAUAUGCAGGAAACAUCAUUUUCGCUAAGCGAGGAACUGGACAAAUCCGGCGUGCGCUCGUCCAUUAAAGUGCAUAAUCCACCUGGCGGAAAAUCAUCCGGCUUUUGGUAAAUGCCAUUGAAGCUGUU